GGGGAAACCCAAUUGGGAGGCAGUCUUGAGUCAUGUUUAUCGCGAUUCGUUAAAAUUCACUCCCACCGGGAAGAUCGAGUCAGUUUGCAAGAAAUUCCUGCACGGUGCCAAGCGAUAUCAGCAACCACAGUUCACAAAUCACCUGUCAUUAGCAACGUCUAACAUGUAUGGGACUGGAAGUUAUUUGGGACUCCUGCUAAUUCUAUGUCUUUCGUAUAAGGUGACAGGGCAACAGCAAUCGGAUUACUAUGUAGGAGCGGUGGUAGAAUUCUCACCGAAUUACUUUAGAGGUGAUGCUUUGGCAACUCUGGGAAACAAUACCAAAUCUUAUGUAGAAUACAUAGAAAAAGCCAAGCAACAGAAUGCUGAUAUUGUCGUAUUCCCGGAAGAUGGGUUGACGUCGACACGGAUGCCGACUGUAUCCCAAAUGGAUGCUUGGUCAACGAUAGUACCUGCAGUUGAGGACGAAUACGUCCCGUGCACGGGAAAUUUGAUGGGUGUUAGCGAAACGUUAAAGAACAUAUCGUGCGCCGCGAAACACAACAGCAUUUACGUGUUAAUAAAUAUCGCCGAGAAGGAACGUUGCAACUCUACCGAUGAAACGAUUUACCACAACACCAACGUGGCGUUCGACCGUACGGGGAAAAUAAUUGCCAGGUACCGCAAAGUGAAUCUCUACAUGGAGCCACGAUUUCGCCCCACCAAGAUACCGGAAAUCGUUACCUUCGACACUGACUUCGGAGUGAGAUUCGGCACAUUCAUAUGCUUCGAUAUAUUAUUCUGGAUUCCGGGUUUGAAUAUGACAAGGACGGCAGGAGUUACGGAUUUCCUCUACCCGACCGCUUGGUUCUCCGAAGCGCCAUUUUUGACGGCCGUUCAAGCUCAAUUCGGUUGGUCCUAUGCCGAGGACGUCAACCUGUUAGCGGCUGGGUAUAGUAAUCCAGCUUCCGGGAGCACAGGAAGCGGUAUUUAUUUAGGUCGUGAUGGAAUAGCCAACGCGACGUUCUCUAGUCAUCCUAAACAUCGACUCUUAGUCUCCCGUAUUCCAAAGAAGGAAUUGAAGAAACCCCGAUCGGAGAUAAUACAGGAACGUUCCUCCGAUUUAACGAGAUACACGCUUGAGAUGACAGGGGAUGUUGUGGACGGAGUAUAUCUUUUGCACGACAAUGUCACGUUAUUCAAACAUAUUCCUGUGGAACCGUUGAUGACACAAACAUCCCUUUGUCACGAUGGUUUCUGUUGCCACUUCGACAUUCGCGCGAACAUUGUCAAGUCAUCGAUAAACUAUCAUGCCGUGGUUUACAAUGGAAUUCGUCGCUACGGUCGGGAAGUAGAAGCGGGCAUUCGCGUGUGCGCGGUGAUACAAUGCUCCGACGAAGCGGGCAUUUCCUGCGUUUCCGUUAGUCGAUCGGACACUGUGUUUAACGAAUUGAAAAUCACGACGACCGUCGACGACUACGAACAGGUCCUGGCGAUGCCAAGUACAUUGAACGCCUCCAUGCUUCCGUUCGAAGAAUGGAAGUACACUAACCGUCUGGGUACAACUGGAACAAACCUGACGCUAGAGCUAAGCCAAUCGGCCAAAGAUCUCGUCACAUUUGGAUUAUACAUCAGAAACUUUGACAGAGAUUCGUGGCUUUCUAAAACCAUGGAAACUGCACCUACUGUUACCGGUGCCGGAAGUUUGUCCAACCCUUCCAUAAUCAAUGUUUCGUUUUUCUCAAUGUUUCUUAUCUUUUCUUUAUUUGCUCUCUAAGCUCCGACUUCAUUCAAACCGACACUAAUUUGUCGCGCGAUUCGUUUGCGCGAAACAUAAAAAUAUUAUUUAGACAUUUGUUCGCGUUCUUUUUUUUUUGCGUCAUACGGCCAAAGAAUGGAAGAUCGACGAAAAAUGUCGCUCGUCAAAAUGUCAAUUCGAAUAUUUGGGAACUGGUUGAACGCAAAUCUCGUUUGCUUAAAGAAUCGGUACGCGCAUACCGACUUACCGGAACCGGAUUUUGAAGAAUAUCGCCGGAAAAAUAUCCAAGAACCGAAUG